AUGCGCCUCCAACCACUUCCCCCCUCCGGUGCAUUCCACAACCCGUUCUUCCCUGGCCUAGGAACCGAUGCCCGGACAGGGGCCCUGUCACAAUUUAUGACUCGUCCUGUGAUCCAAUUCGACCGACAUCAAGAUGCAGAAGCAAAGAUAACCACGUCCGGCAGCCUCCAUAAGACAUUUGGGCCGAAGAGACCCGCGAGUGGCCUGUUCCAGAAUCCGGUGACCCGGCGAGAUCUCACAACACCGUGCGAGGAUGACAGAACACGCCCAAUGCGAGUCAACGACACGCCCGAGGGCCUAAUUAUUACAAAGGCAUCCAGUGGCCCGGGGAACUCAUCCCGCAAUCACCAUCAUUCAAUUGACAGAAGUAGAAGUCUCCGUCCAACCCGAGACUUGGCGGGCUAG